AUGGAGAGCUGUAUCAAACCAGUCUCAGGACUGAAGACCGCAACAACAGCAAGAAGACCAGCUUAGCAGCACGUUUUAAAUUUUAGUGUCUGUUGUAAGGUAAAUUGUGCAGUGCUUUCAAAAAGACGGAAAAAAGUGGUGCAAAGUUACCCAGACUGACUGAACUCUUUAUAUACGUACGUUCUCAGUUAAAUAUGCACUUUAAAUCAAUUGAUUUCAUCGCAGAUUCCAUGUUGGUAAAUGUGAAUUAGUUCAAUACAAUAAGAGAACAAUUUUCGUGUCACUCUCGCGUAAUUUUGGUUGUCUUACACAGUGCCUGACAAUAUUUAGCAUAUUGUUGAGGAUAUCCAGAAUUCACGUUUAAAUAAACCACAUUAGGUUUUUUCCGACGCCAAAGACGAUGUCGCCACUUAUAAGUGCAUUACAUAUGUAGAUAAAACUGUUCCUUACGCCUGGGAAAAAUAUUGUUUCGCUUUUAGGUACUUUAUGUUUACGAUAUUACAGUGGACUUAAAUGUUCAUGAGCGUAAAACGAAAUUGGUAGUUCGUUGCUUUAAUGUUAACAUAGUGGUUUUAUUAUCGUCAAGAAUGUAGAUACUUUCGAACGAAAAUAAGUGCCGCCUUUGUAACUGAAAUAGCACGUCCAGUUUCUUGCCUAACUGCAGACAACGGCAAGCUGUGACAACCGCAGUUCGCCAUCCUGUUAGUAUAGAGGUCACUGGUGUGCAGCCACAGUACCUGUAGUGACGUAUAUACAAAUAAAGGCACUUGAGCUUUUAAGGCUAGACGAGAAUACAAAACACGAAAAAUGUUUCCGUUGGUAAAAAAUAAUAUUAAUCAGUGUAGGUAUUUCCUGAGUUUGUCACAUACAUGGAAAUUUUUCAUAUGCUGAACCGCUGAAUAGCUGUGAUUGGCCGCUACAGCAUAAUAUGAUCUCUGCACCGGGGAAAAACUGGGAGUUUGCGCAGUGGAGUGCAGGACCGAUUUUGAGGUCAAGACAAGCAAAGAGCGAUAUCGUAUAUAGUACUGCCAUUGUUGCCUUGAUUUUUGAAAAAGUGUUUACGAGGAAUAUUAAUUCUUGUUCAUAGUCUGCCAUAUUUAAGAAAAUGCCUCUCAGUACUCGAGAAAUAAUGGAAGCCCUUGCCAUUGUGGCAGAACACGAAAACGUGAAAGUUGCAGUCAGGAAAUCGGUUACGGGAGGUGUUAUUACUUGUUUAACAACUAUUUGUGGAGGCCUCCUGGCUGGACGUUUCGGCAUGGCGCUUGGUAGCACAGUUGGUGGAAUCACAGCCUAUAUUAUGAAUAACAACUUCAAGCCUCUCCCACAAAUAUUAAUGGAAGACCUUAGUGUUCACCAGAAGGAAGAAUUGGUUAGAUCUGUUCGGACUGUUGUUAAUAAUAUUAGAGUAGAAGAUGCAGUUAUGCUUGCGACAUUGAUUGUCGGUAACAAAACUCUGUCAAAAACUGUUCUACAGUUGGUAGUAAAUUUUCUGAGAACUCAGAUGUAGAAGUAACUGGUCCAAGCUAUCUUCAGUAGUAUCAUUUUUCUGUUUAAAAUCAAACAAUAUUAUUGUCAUACAGUGCAGGCUUUCACAGCCAGUGUUGUCUUCAGUUAAAACUUCUGGGCUGAGAGGCCAUGGUCAGUGUAUAAAACUUCCACUGAAUGUUACAUCUCCAUAUGCAGGAGACAUCUUCUGAGGUUGUCUAGCUACUGCCACUGAGGCUCCAGGUACCCUCGCAUUUAUAGAGCACAUAGAGGGCACCACCAUUCGUCACGUCGGCAUCACGUGACGAAUGGUGGUGCCCUCUAUGUGCUCUAUAAAUGCCAGAGUACCUGCAGCCGCAGUGGCAGUAGCCGAACGACCUCAGAAGAUGUCUCCCGCAGAUGGAGAUGAAACGUUAGGUGGAAAUUUUAUAAUCGACCAUGGCCUCCCAGUCUGGACGUUUUAACUCAAGAAUGUUAUUGUCAUUUUUGUGUGUAAAUAAUUUAUAUUUUUUAUUUAAAACAGUCACUAAAUGAUGUUUUUAUCUAGCCAUAUCACCCAUGGGAAUUUAAAUUUUGAGAAUACAGUGAUUGUCUACUUUACUUCAAUAAAAUAGUGGUACCAGCAUUUUUACAAAAGUCACAACCCAGUAAUUUGAUCGUGUUCAUGUAUCUUUUAGGAAUUAUUCUGUGUUGCAUAGCUUUAUCAUAUAUAGAAAUGUAUUACUUUCACAGAAUUUAUUUUUUGUGUGAUCUGUGUUACACAUAUCAGAAUGUGAUAUGGACUGUAACAAGUAUGACAAAUGAGGUUGCUAUAAAAUUUAUUUUCAGCAUUAGCUAGGAAAAUGAGCUACUGUGUGAUAGUUUGUCUUUAUAUUUGAUAUAAUAUGUCAUCUAUUGCUGCAAUAUAAGAUUAAUAUUGCCAGUACCAUGGAAAUAAAUGAAUCAAAUUCAGAAAUUAA